GAUACAGCAUGCUGACUUGUACAGUCCAUACUGACUUCUGUCUGGCUCCUGGACGCUUGGAGGACUGGAUCAGACCAAACAAAAACUAGGAUCCUUCCUUGCUCCAGCUACAGAUGGUUUGCUAUUCACAAGUUAUUGGUCAGCGGAUUGCACUGAUGAGUAAUCCACACUGAAAUACUGCAUAAUUCAGUCGGAGCUGUAGGUCUCUAAUAUGCGAAUAAGCGUGAUUCGCGUUUGUGGAUGCUCGCAGGAAAAAAAGGGGAGUGGACAACUUUGAGUGUAGAAAAGAGAGUCUGAUAACUAGUGUUGGUUAGUGUUGUUUUCGGAGCACCAAGUGACUGUUUCAGUGGGCAGGUUUUCCACAACUAUGAUAUUUUAAUCGCGUUUUGAUUUAUUUAUUCAUUCAGUUUUGUUUUAAUCACAUCACAUUUCAACGAUGGACGAAGAGAACGGGUUGCCGGAUUUUAAGGAUCUUGAGAUGAAGUUGGGUCGCAAAAUUCCAGAAAGUCUCUUUAGGUCUUUCAACGAGAGAGACCUGAAAACUAAAAGUGAGGAAAAGAGGCUCGCGACGCCGGUGACUGUGAAGAACCACACGUCUGCGGACUUGAAGCGACUGGAGAGCAAGAUGUUAUUUUUAAAACAGGAAAUGGCCCACCUACGUGCCAUCGACGUGAAGUUGAUGCACCAACUCCUGACCAUCAACGAUGGCAUAGAGUCUAUCCGCUGGGUGAUGGAGGAGCGGGCAGGAGUGGCCAGCCGUGAAAGCAGCUUGACGGGCAGCCUGUACAGCCUAUCGGAUAGCCAGGAUACCUCCCAGCGGGGCAGCUGCAACAGCCUCCAUGACUGCAGCGACAGCCUGGAUGGGAUAUCGGUGGGCAGCUACCUGGACACUCUAGGAGAGGACCUAGAAGAGGACCUGGGUGAGGACCUCCCCAAUCACCCGUUGCCGACAGAAAUGACCAACGGGUUUCCAGAAAAAUCUACCAGCGUAGACGACGAGGACCUUCUCAAGAAGCCCCCGCCACUGCGUCCUCGAGUGGAGACGGACGAGUACUAUAUUUUUGGUUGAUUAUUUGUGGUGUUUUAGCUUGUGGCUAACUUCCCGUUAGCUGGGACAGGCUCCUUGUUGGACUGACUCUUCCCCCUGUCUUGCUUCCCCCAGCUCCACCUCCUAAUGUAUGCUGCUGACUGAUGACUGCAAUGUUGAAACUUCGUUGCUGCAACGUUGAGGCCCAGAUAGUGGGUAGCUUGUGUCCUCAUCAGGGCCACACUUGGCCCUGAUACGGCCCAGAAUUGGUUACAAUGCGGGAGGAGGUCACUGGGUUCCUCUGGUUGAACCUGUUGCCCCCCCCCUCCUCCCUAUAGUCUGCAUUAAUCCUCCCCCAUCCACAACAUCCAUUCCCCCCUCCCAGAACCACUAGCCAAAACACACACAACCUGCAUGGCACCCUGGGCCCUGCCCCGCUCAUGUGAUGGUAGCAAAAUAAGGGUUUAAUAAUAAUAGUUAUUAUGGUGAUGACAAGACCACUCCAGAAACUUCACUAUCCCGCACAAGACACAAAUGUCCCCUCACGGGCCCACUGCACGCGUGCUCUGAACAUUUUGCUCCAAAGACUGCAACAGUGCCUCCACAUGUCUUAACCCCCCCAACCCCCACCCAGACCCCCUCCUGACCUUCUCAGAUACAAUGGCUAAGGCCUCUAACCCGAGUAAUAUGUGGUAAAAAGGGAUUGAGCAAUUAUUUUGGCAUUAGCCCUCACUCGUGCUGGGAGCCUGGUUUCUGAGAGGAUCAUGGGUCACAAAUGGACAUUUCCUUUAGUGAUUACAAGUGGCAGGAGCUACCAAGUGCAAUUUCUGGUCAUGGCAAAACCAAUGUUUUUGUUUUUACUUUUUGAACUGAGACCGCAUGCAGAAUUUUUUUUCUAUUGUGUUUUUUUUUUUUUUUUUUUGCUUCAGCUCAAUGUUCAUCGAUCUUUGGUCCAAUGCACCUGUUGAUCCAAGAUGUGUUGAAUUUUUUGUUCUUGGACCCUUGACAUGCUGAAAUGGUGUAUGUAUUUCAGUGUUUCACAGACUGUGGAUCUGACCUGUAAACUAUGGAAAGGCACAUACUCUGCUCCAAAGAAACACAGAUUUAGCCUUGUUUUUAACACUUGAAUAUUUUAAAUUUUAGACAGAUCUGUUUGUUUUUUGGAUGUUGUGAUAUUUCAGCAUUCAUAAGAUGUGUGAAAAACAAUGUAAAUAUACCUUUGGUAACUGGAUGAUAACAGUGCCUCAACCUUGUGUGUGUGUGUGUGUGUGAUUGGUUGGUUGGUUGGUUGCAGGUGCUGUUGUCGCCUACUUUCACAGGUGUGCUUCUAAUUUAUUAUUUGUAUUUGGUGUUAAGAAGUGUUUUGAGAAAAAUGCAUAAUAUAUUGUGAUUUUUCUUAA